AUGCCAGCUGGCAUAUCGUCGGCACCCGACCAUUCCGGCACAGGAACUUCUGCCGCUAUGGCGGUUCACGGACUCCUGGAUCAUGACAACGAGCAUGACCAUGACCACGACCCUGAUGAUUCCACAACAGAUGGACGGAAGGCCAAGCGGGAGUUGUCGCAAUCCAAACGCGCUGCACAAAAUCGCGCUGCACAGCGCGCAUUCCGUCAAAGGAAGGAACAUUACAUCAAGAAAUUGGAACAGCAAGUGCGCGAGUACAGCGAGAUGGAGCAUAGCUAUAAACUCAUUCAGAACGACAACUACGCGCUCCGCGAGUAUGUGAUUCAACUGCAAUCACGACUGCUGGAUCUGCAGGUCGACCCACCACAGGCCCCGCCGCAUCUGAACCUGACCCCAGUUAGUGCUGCCAGUGCAUCUCGAAGCGCACCUGCACCACCGAACGCUCCCGAGCCUCCACCACCGAGUACGAGUUCCGCUGGUUCCCUGGCCGAUGUGGCCGCUGCUGUGGCAGGGCUUCGGGCUAGGGAGCCUUCGGCUGAUGGGUUGUAUUCGAGAAGCACCUUCAAGGCUGAAAACACCGAGCGUGCGCCCCCCCGGACUGAUGACGAGAUACGAAGGCAGCUGCAGCAACGCGACACAUUGCCACCCCCUUCAUCAUUGCGGGCGUAG